GGGCCGGGCGACCGGGCGGCGGCGCGGAGGACGCACGGGCGGCGGGACGCUGGGACGGCGGCGGCCGGAUUGCGCGAGGCAUUGAAAGACGGAGAGGUGAGGACAGAGACGUGGAGAAACAGGGAGAGAGAAGUGGAGAGAGACAGAGAGACAGAGACGUGGAAAGGCACAGAGACUCGGGGAAAGACACAGAGAGACGUGGAGAGAGACAAAGCAAGACACUGAACAAGGACGUAAGACAGGACAAGCUCAGUUGCCCCUGGAGCCCUGGCCCCGCCUUCAUGCCUGGCAGUUGCCCCACCUGGCCCAUCCUCGCAGGUACCCACUGCCUUGGCACCCAUAGGCUGGAAAGGGUCCUCUCUGAUGGUGGGUUGGGCCAGGACCUCUGUAGCCGGGUGGGCAUAAGUCAGACCAAAGAAGGGUUUGGCCAAAUUCAGAGUGUUGGGGACAAAAGUGGCCUGGCUGGCCUCCAGGGCUGGAGUGAGGAGGAUGGGGGGGAGCAGGUUAGUAAGAGGCCCUGAUUGUCCUUCCCAAUUGCAGCCUCCGGGUGCCCCCUCUUACUUCCUCCCCCUAGCCCCAUGACUUCCCGGGCCUCCACCCCAGCCUUCUAUCCCGACUGUGCCCCCAAGCCGGACGCGUCCUAGAGGGGAGGGCAGGAAGUUCUCGUGUAGCCCGGCAGCGAAACUGUUUAUUUUUAGAGAAAAUUGUUUCCAUAAAGGGGAAAGGCUUUCCUCCUCGCUGCCUCCCCCCAACUUUCCCUACCACCCCCCUACUCCGGUCUGGCCUGACCCAGCUCUGUUUUGGGGUUCCCUACCCUGAGCUGUAUUUCUGCUUGUGUCCUUAUGUCUCUGUCUCCUCAGAUCCUUGCAGGAAGGCUGUCUCCCCAUCAGUGCUCCAGCCCCCUGCUCACCUAAGCCCCCACCUGCCCCGGUAGCCAGCUCUUGGCCUGGGCUGAGGGGAGGGGGCACAGGAAGGGUGAGGCCUGUCAGGCUUGGGCCCCCACCCCCAGCCCGGGGGGCCUUGUGGAGGCAGGGCUGUGGGAACAGCUGGAGCCUGUCCAGGGGCUGGACAGAUGUGCAGGCGGACUGUGAGGUUUGGUUUCUUUGUUCCAGGCCGUGGGGCCCCCCACCCCUUUCCAUAGCCAGGCUGGGUGUGCGCCUAUGAGAGGGUCCCACUCCCGGGGGGAGGGGGGAAGUUAGGGGGAGGCAGUGGGGAGGGGUGGCCACAUCCCCUUCCCUCCCCCUUGCAGACUCAGACUCGGGGCUUCAUCACAUCCUCUCCCCAGGUAAGCCUCAGCCUGUGCUGCAGGCAGUCUGACUCACAGUCCCCCAAGUGACUCUUGAGGAGCAUCUGCAGGCAAGAGGAUGGCCCAAGUCUUGCACGUGCCAGCCCCCUUCCCAGGGACCCCCGGCCCAGCCUCCCCGCCUGCCUUCCCCACCAAGGAGCCCGACCUGCCCUACUCCGUGGAGACACCCUACGGCUACCGCCUUGACCUGGACUUUCUCAAGUACGUAGAUGACAUCGAGAAGGGCCACACGCUACGGCGGGUGGCCGUGCAGCGCCGGCCCCGCCUCGGCUCCCUGCCCCGCGGCCCUGGCUCCUGGUGGACGUCCACUGAGUCUCUGUGCUCCAAUGCCAGCGGGGACAGCCGCCACUCAGCCUACUCCUACUGCGGCCGCGGCUUCUACCCACAGUACGGCGCCCUGGAGGCCCGUGGUGGCUUCAACCCGCGCGUGGAGCGCACGCUGCUGGAUGCCCGGCGCCGCCUCGAGGACCAGGCGGCCGCACCCACUGGCCUGGGCUCCCUGACCCCCAGUGCAGCCGGCUCGACGAGCUCUCUGGUGGGUGUGGGGCUGCCACCCACAACACCCCGGGGAUCGGGACUGUCCACGCCAGUGCCACCCAGCGCUGGGCACCUGGCACACGUGCGGGAGCAGAUGGCCGGGGCUCUGCGGAAGCUGCGGCAGCUGGAGGAGCAGGUGAAGCUGAUCCCGGUGCUCCAGGUGAAGCUGUCGGUGCUGCAGGAGGAAAAGCGACAGCUCACAGUGCAGCUCAAGAGCCAGAAAUUCCUAGGCCACCCCACAGGGGCCCGGGGCCGCAGCGAGCUCUGCCUAGACCUCCCCGAGGCCCCUGAGGACCCGGUGGCACUUGAGACCCGGAGCGUGGGCACCUGGGUCCAAGAGCGGGACUUGGGCAUGCCCGAUGGGGAGGCUGCUCUUGCUGCUAAGGUGGCCGUCCUGGAGACCCAGCUCAAGAAAGCACUCCAGGAGCUGCAGGCAGCUCAGGCCCGGCAAGCUGACCUUCAGCCCCAGGCCUGGCCGCCACCAGACAGCCCAGUCCGUGUGGACACCGUCCGAGUGGUGGAGGGGCCACGGGAGGUGGAGGUCGUGGCCAGCACAGCUGCCGGGGCCCCUGCCCAGCGGGCCCAGAGUCUGGAGCCCUACGGGGCCGGGCUGCGGGCCUUGGCGACAUCCAGUGGAGCUGAGAGCCCCACUGUGUUCUGCAGCCAUGAGGUGGUGGAGACAGUGUUCCCAGCACCUGCUGCAUCCACCAGCAACGUCCACCUGGUGAAGAAGAUCAGCAUCACAGAGCGCAGCUGUGAUGGGGCAGCAGGCACUGAGGACACAGCAGUGAACGUGACUGACAAAAGCACCUGCAAUAAACAAACAAGAGACCACCAGAAAGAAGUGAAGGAAAAUUAUUUCAGAGAGCACAUGUUUGAAGCAAAUAAGACAGGUCUCCCACAGGCUCCUUCAGAGUCGUCCUUGUCACCCCCAGAGAAUGAGGAGGACUCCCUGGCACAGCCUGAGACGAACACAGGCUGGGCACCCACCUACGAGGCCACCAGCAGGGAGCUCACAGGGCAAGCAGCCUCGAAGGAGCCAGAGUCCGAGGAGGCCAGGGGAGCAGGUGGGCCCCAGGCAGGCAUGAAGUCCAUCAUGAAGCAAAAGGAGGAGCCCGCAGAGCCCGAGGCCCACCACAGGAGCCUUCAGUUUGUGGGGGUCAAUGGCAGCCUCUCCCCCAGGUAUGAGUCUUCAUCUGAGGACUCCAGCACAGCAGAAAACUUCUCAGACAAUGAGAGCACAGAGAACGAGGCCCUGGAGCGGGAGGAGAGGGUUGCAAGUGUGGCUGAAGCCCCCCAGCUCAGGUCCAAGGAGACAGCAAAGGCCAAGACCAGCCGGGAGGAGUACCAGCUGUCCCAGGAGUCUCAGCACGUGCCUACAGCUGAGGGAGCAUUGGGAUCAACUGCUGAAGAGGAGAUCCGGAUGGAGCUCAGCCCUGACCUCAUCUCAGCCUGCCUAGCCCUGGAGAAGUACCUGGACAACCCCAACGCCCUCACGGAGCGGGAGCUGAAAGUGGCCUAUACCACGGUGCUGCAGGAGUGGCUGCGCCUGGCCUGCCGCAGCGACGCCCACCCAGAGCUUGUGCGGCGCCACCUGGUCACCUUCCGGGCCAUGUCGGCCCGGCUGCUGGACUACGUGGUCAAUAUCGCUGACAGCAACGGCAACACCGCACUGCACUACUCCGUGUCCCAUGCCAACUUCCCCGUGGUGCGGCAGCUGCUGGACAGUGGUGUCUGCCAGGUGGACAAACAGAACCGCGCCGGCUACAGCCCCAUCAUGCUCACCGCCCUGGCUACCCUGAAGACCCAGGAUGACAUCGAAACUGUCCUACAGCUCUUCCGGCUCGGAAACGUCAAUGCCAAAGCCAGCCAGGCGGGGCAAACAGCCCUGAUGCUGGCAGUCAGCCACGGGCGGGUAGAUGUGGUCAAAGCCCUGCUGGCCUGUGAGGUGGAUGUCAACGUCCAAGACGAUGACGGCUCCACGGCCCUCAUGUGCGCCUGUGAGCAUGGCCACAAGGAGAUCACAGCCCUGCUGCUGGCCGUGCCCAGCUGCGACAUCUCCAUCACCGACCAAGAUGGGAGCACAGCUUUGAUGGUGGCCUUGGACGCAGGACACAGCGAAAUUGCAUCCAUGCUGUACUCCCGCAUGAACAUCAAGUGCUCGUUUGCCCCGAUGUCAGAUGAUGAGAGCCCCGCGUCAUCCUCUGCAGAGGAGUAGCCGUGAGGGGGGACCUGAGGCACCUCUCCUCGGGGGCCAGGCAGCCCCAGAGUGAACCACCCCACAUCCUCCAUCCCCUUCCUGGGCAGCUCCCACUCUACCCACCAAGGCCCAAGUCUCAAAGGCAAGUGGGGUUUCCUUCUGCUUCCCAUGGGGAGCCCCCAGCAGCAACAAGACUUCAGCUGAAAGCGGGUUUUUCCCAGGACCCCAGUUCAAAGCAGCCGCAGCACAGACCGAAGCUAAAUUCUUAUAUAAAUUGGCGCCAGUGGCUGGUGCUGGGCGUGGGUUUGCGAAGAACGCUGAGAACAAUCAACUGGCAAUUAUGGAUGGAGGAGGCUGAGAGGGAAAAAUAUUGUAUUUUUGAAUCACUGUCAGGGGAAGCUGGGGGCGAAGGGGGGGAGAAUCGCAUUACUUGUUGCCAGAUCUGAAAGUCACUGGAAUCACAUAUUUUCAUUUUAAUCCUGAAUGUUGUUACACACGGAUCACGUCUGGAGUGGCAGAACGCCCCCUCGCCCCCCUCCAUUUAAUUGUCUGGUAUAUAAUAGUGUCUUGUCCACUAACCCCCACCCCAGACGGCUUUCUCAGUGGAGUUUUCUUCUGGUCUUGUCACAGAGCAGAUCCUCUCCUUGUCACCUGGGGCAGGAAGUUUCUCCUGCCUUCGUUUCUUCUGCAUUCACAUCGCACCCACUCAGGUGCGGGGUUCGAGACCCAGAAGCCCAGGUGUGCACAUAGUUCUGAUUGAGAAAUUACCCAGAAAUCCAUCCCCUCCCCACAUGUUGCGGGGGAGAGGGCUGGCAAAUAUUCAUUUUCCUAGAAAAUCCUUUAGAUCUGGAGACACAGGAAAUGAAUCCAAUUCCCAAAGGGGCCGCUGCACCCCGAGGCUGAAAACCCCAGUAACGGGGCCGUCCUUGUCCUCGCCAGACUCCAGAAUUUCUCUCCUCAAAGGAAAGAAAACAGGGCAUGAGAUUGUUGGCAAAGCACAGGACCAGCUCCAAAAAUCCCAUGUGUGCUCGAUUAAAAGCUGGCUGCCCCCGAGGGUUCCCAGUGCAAACUUAAAGAGACAGGGCUUUGCUGAAAACCAAACAAGGGCCAGCUGGGUUUUUUUUUAACAACCUACAGGCUUUCCGGAGCUGCCUGGAACAGAGCCUGCUGGAAACAGGGCUCUCCCGACACACGCAGUUUCCUGGAUGGCCUAUUUUGUCCCCAGAAUCUCAACAUGGUUCUCUUUCCCAUUCCUUGCUUUUUGACCAAAAAAAAAAGGGGGGGAAGGGUGGGGUGGGGAUAGGUUCCCAGCCUCAGCAAGUGUCUUGUGAUCGGGAGUAAGAUCUCAAGCUCUGAAGUGUCCUGCGCUCUCUUGUCCAGUUCUCAGCUUGGCCACCAGGGUUGAAGCCAGACCCCAUCAGGACAGAGUAAGCCCUUGGCAUUUAUACACGUUCAUUCAGUAAAGACAAGUGCUGGCCUCUCUCCUAGCAAAGUAGGUUUCCUGGCUUGAUAGAGUCUGUCUUGCUUUGAUUUUGAUGGAAGGGAUAUACCUAAGACAGAAGGGCUCGGAUGGUCAAAAGAGAGGGGUGUGUGUGUGUGUCUGAUGGUCAGAAGAGAGAUGUGUGUGUGUGUGUGUGUUGUGUGUUGUGUGUAAAUGAAACCCAGGCUCACUGGGGAAUACCACUGAUGGAAGACCACAGCUUUGGGCGGCUUUGAGAAGCGGUACAAGAAUUGUGUGUGCCUGUAUGUCUGGCCCUGGAGCCUGUGGGUGCAUUUAUUUUAAGCUUCUAGAAGCAGCUCCUUGAACACUGCCCCCCCCCAGAUAAAGCCAUAUUUAUGCCUGUGUUCCCUCCUCCUCCCAUACCCACUGGGCUUGGUGUGGUAGGCUACAGGGGGUCCUGCCUCGGACUCCCCCCCCUUCUCACAUGUAUUCGUGACCUUUAACUUCACUUUUCCACCACGGUACGUCCAUUAAGUCAGUAUUACUCUUAAAUGAAGUAUUCCUUUUUGUAAUCGUUUUUUAGAAGGUAGAAUUUAAUAAAGCUACCUUAUGAUAAUGCCAAA